AUGCAGCGCUCGAUUCGUUACAAGAGAGCGUCGCAAGAGCAGCGCGGUACUGGACCUUCAUCAAGAAUUUCCGCCUCGGGAAUUCCCUUCUCCGAGCCGCCUCGAGAGUAUCGACGGCGCGUCCGCAGCGAACCCGUAAAUUCCGGGAUCCUGAAAUCGGUCACGGAGCAGAAAGGUGGCAUGGCGACAGGCAGAGGUAGCACCUCUGGUGCUAAUAGCGGGAAUGCGGAUUUGAGACGUUGGGGUCACGCGGAAGGUGCUGAUACGGCCAGGAGCCGGCCGCCUGGACGCGGUAUAGUGCGCUCAGUUUCGCUUACAGUGACGGGGACGAGUCAAAACGAAUAUGCGGAUACAGCAGGGAAUCCGGGCGAGGUCGAACGAGCGGAGUGGGCGAAUAGACACGAGCACGGAUGGAUUCGCAGGCGAAUGAGUGAUAUCGGUGGUAUCAGGGGCGCGGGUACUGGCAUCACUGGUAUCAGCGGCAACGGCAGCCGGAGCAUUAGUUCCUUUGGAAUGCCGAGGCUGGUGGCAGGCAUGGACCUUGCCGUACCUGCUGAAAAGGAGGCAUGGGGUAUGGGGAGAGGAGAGGAUGCUUGGGACUUGGAGCGAGUGGGGGGCGCAGGAUGGGAGGGUGGGGAUGGUGGGAGCUUGAUUGAUGGCGUUGGUGAUGACGUGGAUGGUGACGUCAGUGAUGGCGUUGGUGGCUGUGGCUUUGGUGACUCUAACGAGUGGUGGAUGGAUGGGGAUGAAAUGGAGAGGGCGUUUCUGGAGUCCCUUAUAACGGGGGAGAGCUUCACGGGAGUGGCGGAUGGGUCCAGAUUGUUCGUUUUAAGCAUGAUGUGGCGCUCUCCCUGCCACGUGGCAUCCGCCCUCUGCCGCGCUUAUGCAUGCAUCGUGGCGGCCAAGGCAGUGGCGUGGGUGGCAUCUCUGCAUCUCAUGGAAGGCGCCCUGACUCGUUACAAGGACCGUGAGGGAGAGAAGCACGCCCUGACUCGUUACAAGGACCAAGAGGGAGAGAGCCACGCAGUGACUCGAUAUAAGGACCUCGGGGAAGAGCAGCAUAGAUUGACUCGUUAUAAGGAGCACGAAGGGGUGCAAGGGGCGUGGAUUCGCUACAAGGGCGGAGAGGCAGGGGUUGGGGAGUGCUCACAUGCAGAAGCUGCCAAUCAUGGCCUGCCACGUGGAGGCUGUGGGAGAAGUUGCGAGAGGUGCAGGGAGGUUCUUAGAGGACUUGGAGAAAGGCCGUGGGGAGUGUCUGCUAAAUGGUUCCAAGGGGGGAGAGGGGGGGAGGAUUCGGGCUUUGGUAUGCCGUCUCUUACUGACAUCGAGUCAUCCACAAGCGAGUCUGCAGGGGUGGAGUGCGGUGUUGUGCAAGUGGGUGCGGUGGCAGGUAGAGGAAUGGUAGCAGAACGGGGAAGAGAGGAAGCAGAAGGGCGGAGGAUGGUAGAAGAACGGCAUGAGUGGGCGGGAGAAGGGCGAGAAGUGGUGGCAGCAGAGGGGAAGGAGGAUUUUGUUACGCUAGGUGGGUUCCUGGCUUCAUUUGAAGCGGAACUGAGCGCUGGUAGGAGUGGUGGUGGGGUUGAGUUGAUAGGGAAGAGAGAAAUGGAGGGAGCAGAGGAGGGCGAAGAAAAAGAGAGCGAGGGGGGGAAUAAGGAGGGGGGUGAAGGGAGGGGAGGAGGUGAAGAGAGGGAGGUGGGAGCCAGCAUUGUUGAGGGAGAAGGGAGGAUUGAGGAGGAGGGGAGGGAUGAGGGGUGGAGGGUUGAGGGAGGGAGGGAUGUGGAGGGAAGGAGGCGUAAGGAAGGGAGGGUGGAGGAGGGGAGAAGGGGAGGAGAAGGUGGAGAGUGGGAAAGGGAGGGGUUAGACUGUGAGGUAUUCGAGGAUGCUGUUAGCGAAGCAGGGUCUGCCACCUUGACGGUUUUUGAGUCGGCUGUAACGGGGGGAGGAAAAGGGACAGAUUGUGACGUUUUCGAGGAGGCUGUUAGCGAACCUUUUUCUGCUGAGCAUGAGGACUCAGAUCUGACUGUUUUGACACUGGGGCGUGGAGGAGGAGGGAGAGAGGGGAAAGGAACAAUACUUAGUGAUUUGCAUGGGGAUCCGAGGAGAGAGCACGGAGAACAGGAGGCAGCGAGGAGGGCGGGGAUAGGGAAGGAGGGAGAUGAGGGGGAAGACGGGGAGGAAGAGGGCGAGGAUGGGAUGAAGGGAAGUGAGGAGGUGGGAAUGGGAAGGGGCGAGGGGACGUCGGAUUGGCUGAGACUGAGUGUGGGUAUGGAGUGUUCAAGGGAGUCUCCACGCGUUAUUGACUUUAUGGGGUCUUCAUUCAACAACGGCAGUGAUUCUCUGGAGGAUAGGGCCAUUCCACGUGGCACAUCACUGGCCUCUCCACGUGGCACAGCGUCAGGCUCUCCACGUGGCAAAGCACUGGCCUGGCCUCACGCCACGUGUCAGCAUGCUCAUGCUGGCAGCCCGCCAUCAAGCUGCGACCUCCGGGAGCUGGUAUCGCGGCAGCAGGGGCAGAUUGAGGAGCUGCGGUGGCUGCUGGGGCAGCAGAUGGAUGCGUGCCAUGCACUGGCCGCUGCCCUGAGGCUGCAGCAGCAGGAGCGUCAGCAUUUGGGAAGACAGGGGGGCCAGGGGUUUGGAGGUUUGAAGAAUACUCGGGAGUUGACACCACAGGAAACAAAGCUGGGAGAAAGCAAGUCCGAGGAAGCAGAUGGGGAAGACGGGGAAGAAGGGGCAGAGGAGGCGGGUGGUGACAGCGGAGGUGGCUGGAGUGAGGGGGCAGAGUUGACUUUUGAGUCGACUCAAAAGUCAACUCGGGCAGAGGAGGCGGGUGGUGAAAGAGGGAAGGGUGUAAGAGACAGCGGAGGUGGCGGGAUUGAGGGGGCAGGGCAGUGGAAGGACGUGGAUUGGGAUGACGAGUUGAUGCAGCAGUCAGGGGAGCUGCGCGGAGACAUUGGGAGUCUCAAGGAUCAGGUGGGUUGCGACAGAGGGACCGGUACCGAGGAGGUGGCGGGUGUGAAAAAGCAGGAGUUGAUGCAGCAGUCGGGGGAGCUGCAAGGAGAUAUCUCUUACCUUGCCUAUCUGUAUUCUCCCAUGCCCCUCCUUGCUCCCUCCAUGCAGCUUGCUCAAAGGGCCAGCCGCAUCGCAUCACUCAAGCAGUCGCUCCUUCACACCAUGGCGCAGCUCAACUCCCGCUCUCCCUCCCCUAACCCCUACUCUCCUUCCUUGCCUCUUAUGCAAAGGGCCAGCCGCAUCGCAUCACUCAAGCAGUCGCUCCUUCACACCAUGGCGCAGCUCAACUCCCGCUCUCCCUCCCCUAACCCCUACUCUCCUUCCUUGCCUGUCUGCGUGUUUCCAAUUACCCCUUGCAGCUUACGCAAAGGGCCAGGCACAUCGCAUCACUCAAGCAGUCGCUCCUUCACACCAUGGCUCAGCUCAAGUCCCGCUCGCCCUCCCCUGGCCCCGCCUUCUCCCUUCCUUCCCUGCACUUCCCCUCCUUCUCCUCGCCCUCCCUACAACCCUCCUCUCGCAAAUCCCCGUCUCCCCAGCUCCCAUCCCUCCACUCGCCCUCUCAUCUCCCCUCUUCUCUUCGCUCGCAUUCUCCGUCUCCCAGGCACUCCCCCGUGCUUCCGUCCCGCCCCGCCUCUCACUCCCAUCAAAGAGCCUAGAGCAUAG